AUGGCUGAAAUUCUGUUCAAUCUCGCUGCUGAAAUCUUGAAAAGCUUGGGUUCUCUUGCUACUGAAGAAGUAGCAUCUAUUUAUGGACUACGCGAUGAGCUUAAAAAUCUUUCUGCUACUGUUUCUUCCAUCCAAGCCGUACUCAUUGAUGCAGAGGAGCAGCAGGGGAGUAGCAACCUGAUAAGUCAUCGUCUCAAGUCUAUUCGACGAGACCUAGAACUAAUUGCAAAAGAUAAGGCCUCCUUAUACCCAGUUGAAAGGAGGGAACCUUUUCUUCGGGAGCCUUAUUCAGUCCAAUUCAAUUUGGAUAGAGAAACUUAUUCAUUUGUGCCUGAAGGAGAAGUAAUUGGAAGAAAUGAUGAUAAAAAGAAAAUUGUGGAUUUUCUUUUGGAUUCUAAGGUUGAAGAGAAUGUUGUGGUCAUAUCAAUUGUUGGUCUUGGGGGGCUAGGAAAGACCACACUCGCACAAUGUGUGUUUAAUGAUGAAAUGGUUAAGGAGAAUUUUGAAAAAAACAUUGUGGUGCAAAACGAGCUUAGGAGAAUGCUUGAUGGAAAGAAGUAUUUGCUAGUGCUCGAUGAUGUGUGGAACGAAGAUCCUUUGAAAUGGCCGAGACUGAAGAAUAUGUUGAUUGGUGGAGCAAAGGGAAGUAAGAUUUUUCUGACUACUCAUUCAGACAUGGUGGCGGAAGUUUCAGGAAGUGCUCACCAACAUAAAUUAAGAGACCUUUCAGAGGAAGAAGCAUGGAUAUUGUUUGAAAAAAUGGCAUUUGGAUGUAACAAAGAGAGCGAAAAUUCGAAUUUGGUGGAAAUAGGAAAAGAAAUUGUGAGAAAGUGUGGAGGAGUUCCUCUUGCAAUAAGGUCAGUAGGAAGCCUACUACGCCUUAAAAGAACGGAGGAUGAGUGGAUAUAUUUCAAAAACAAAGAUUUGUCAAGUAUCACACGAGGAGGAAAUGAUGAAAUGGUCAUUUUGCGAUUGAGCUAUAAUCACCUUCCUCAGCAUUUAAAGAUAUGCUUUGCAUAUUGUUCCCUCUAUCCAAAGGAUUUCAAAAUUGGUAGAUUUGAUUUGAUUACCAUGUGGAAUGCUCAAGGCUUUAUUCAAGCAACUACUAGCAACACAGAUAAUGUGGAGGAUGUUGCAAAUUCAUAUUUCAUGGAUUUGUUAAGAAGGUCAUUGUUUCAAGAAACUGAAGAACAUGAAUCGUUUAUGCAAUUUUACAAAAUCCAUGAUCUUAUUCAUGAUCUUGCGAUAGAAGUUGCAGAUAGGGACUUCUUCAAUAUCACUAAAACUGAAGAUACAGAAGUUCUACCAGAACAAACUCUCUAUGCUUCUUGUUUAUUCAAGAUUGAUGGUUCAUCAGCAUUUCCCAAUUCAUUCUAUAGGAAGCAUAUGAAGUUGCGUGCAUUUAUUUUUCUAAAUCAAUCUUCAAUCAAUGUCCUUAGCAAUUCAACUUUAGAGAGAAUGAUUUCAAGUUUUUCACGCUUGCGUCUCCUACAUCUAGGUCACCUGAAGAUAGAGUUUCUGUCUCAAUAUUUAGGUGGGCUGAAGCAUCUAAGAUAUCUCUGUAUAUCUUCUUGGAGCAUUUCUACUUUACAAAAUUCCAUCACAAAAUUGCAUAAUCUACAAGUUCUGAAGUUGGAUGAUUGUGGAAAACUCAAAUAUUUGCCAAGAGAUAUUUGGAGAUUGGUGAGCCUUCGACGUUUGUUGAAAAGUCUCAUGCAUUUAGAUUUAGAUGAUUUCUCAUCCCUGGAAGAUAUGCCACCUGGAAUUGGUCAAUUGACAUAUCUACGGACGUUGACAAGUUUUAUUAUGGGCAAAGAAAGUUGCAUAUCUGGUCAGGAAAGUGAUAAGUUGAAUGAACUAAAAGGCCUUGUUGAUCUCAGAAAUAGCUUAAGAAUUAAAUUCAUGGGAUGUGUCCGUGCAAUUGGAGAAAGAACACCGACGGGUGUAGUGAAAAGGAUGAAGCAUCUUCGACAGCGGAGUGUAGAGUUUGAAUAUGGAAAUCACGGGGAUGUUGAUCCUAGAGCUGAUCUAAUGAUGUUGGACGCCCUGCAGCCUCACCAAAAUAUUGAAAAAUUGCGAAUAGAAAAUUACAGUGGGUCAAUGUUUCCAAGUUGGUUGAUGGUUGAGAAUCUUGGCAUUUUGCUGCCCAAGCUUAUUCUUGCACUACGAAAUCUGGGCGGACUUGAAGGUUAUGAUGAUAAAUUCAUGCAACCAUCAAAGACACCUUCAGAUGAACGCUUUUACUUCUCUUCCCUAAAACAACUUGAACUGAAAGGAAUAAAUGAGAAGAUAUUGAAGAAAAUUCUUUGCCCACCCCCUCAUUAUCCUUAUCCUCUUUGCAAUUUGAAACGAUUGUUCCAUGCUCGACUUGUCCAACAAAGAACAAUGCAAUUUCAAGCCCCAGGGAACUUAUCAGCUUUUAGAGUUGUUUGGCUUGACAAGCUAAUGUCACUUCCACUAUGGCUCCGACAUUUCUCAGCUACUUUGAAAUCAAUAAACCUUUUUUCAUGUCCUAACUUCACAACAAUUCCAGAAUGGAUCGGCGACUUCAUUGCCCUUAAUCGGUUGGAGAUUGCUAAUUGCAGAAUGUUGACAUCCUUUCCAGAAGGCCUGCGAUCUCUCACAGCAUUGCAAACGCUAAAUAUUUUUUGGUGUUCAUCAAUCCUGAUGAAGAGAUGCAAGAAGGAAGUAGGAGAGGACUGGCCUAAGAUUGUUCACAUCCCAACUGUUGACAUCCAAGAUUCCGGACCCGGAUGGAUUUCCUGA